GCUGAGCAAGAUGGAGCUGUCUGCAGUGGGAGAGCGGGUCUUCGCCGCCGAAUCCAUCAUCAAGAGGCGCAUCCGAAAGGGACGCAUCGAAUACCUGGUGAAAUGGAAAGGUUGGGCCAUCAAGUACAGCACUUGGGAACCCGAGGAGAACAUCCUAGACUCCCGGCUGAUUGCAGCCUUCGAGCAGAAAGAAAGGGAACGGGAACUGUAUGGGCCCAAGAAGAGGGGACCUAAGCCGAAAACUUUCCUCCUGAAGGCGCGCGCCCAGGCGGAGGCCCUGCGGCUGGGGGACGUGGCCUUCGCGGUGAAGCCGGGCUGCAGCGGCUCGUCCCCGAAGCUGCACUCCAGCGCCGCCGUGCACCGCCUCAAGAAGGACAUCCGCCGCUGCCACCGCAUGUCCCGCCGGCCCCUGCCGCGCCCGGACCCGCACGGAGGCCUGCCCGGAGGAGGCGGCGGCGUGGGCGGCGGAGGCGGCGUGGGGGGGGCCGCGCCCGGGCCCCGCCCCCCCAUCGCCCCCUUCUCCGAGACGGUGCGCAUCCUCAACCGCAAGGUCAAGCCCCGCGAGCCCAAGCGCAGCCGCAUCAUCCUCAACCUGAAGGUCAUCGAGAAGAGCGGGCGGGGCGGGGCGGGGCCGGGGGCGGGGCCGGCGGCGGGGGGCGCGCCGGGGGGCGGGGCCGGGGCCCUGGCGCGCGCCAAGAUCCCCUCGCGCAACCGCGUCAUCGGCAAGAGCAAGAAGUUCAGCGACAGCGUGCUGCGCACGCAGCUGCGGCACAUGAAGUUCGGGCCCGCCGCCUUCGCCCUCUACAACAAGGCCGCCGCUGCGCCUGCGCCGGCCCCGCCCCCGGCCCCGCCCCCGCCGGGCGCCGCCGUGUCCGCCGUGUCCGCCCCGUCCGCCCCGUCCGUCUGCCCUUCCCCGGCCGAGCCGCCCCCGCAGGCGCUCCCCGAGCCCCCCAGCCCGGCGGGGCCCGACUGGCGCCAGGCGGAGGCGCUCGACCUGUCCCUCCCAACCGAGCCGCCCAGCGGGGGCGCCCGCGACGCCGGGCAGCGCCCCCUCGCGGCUGUCGGCGACAGGGGGGGGCAGCGCCCCCUCGCGGCCGCCGCCGCCGGCGACAGGGGGCAGCGCCCCCUCGCGGCCGCCGCCGGCGGUGACAGGGGGCAGCCUCCCUUCUCCUCCUCCCCAUCCUCCUCCUCCUCCGCAUCCUCCUCUGCUUCUUCUCCCUCCUCCUCCUCUUCCUCCUCCUCCUCCUCCUCCUCCUCCUCCUCGUCCCCGUCCUCCUCCGAGCCGGAGCAGGAGGCCGGGGACUGGCGCCCCGAGAUGUCCCCCUGCUCCAACGUGGUGGUCACCGACGUCACCAGCAACCUCCUCACCGUCACCAUCAAGGAGUUCUGCAACCCGGAGGAUUUCGAGAAGGUGGCGGUGGCCGUGGGGGGCGGGGGCGCCGCCAAGUGAGGGCCCCGAAGGGCCCGGGGGCAGGGGAGAAAGGCGGGGAGACCCCCCCGCCCCCCACUUCAGGCCCUCGGCCCUUCCCGCUCUUCUCCCCUCCCUUCCCCCUUGACCCCCUGCCUGACCUUUGCUCUGUUUCUUUUGGCUUAGAGCCUAACCCCGGAGGUGCUUGGGGGAACGGGGUGAUCCCUCGGGGGCUCCCCCAUCCCAAUCCCGGGGUACCCUAACCCUCGGGGUAAUCCCACCCCAAGAUGGGGAUGCCCGGCCCAGACGAGAGUGGCCCUGGAAGAAUAAGCGCGUGUUUGGGAAUGCCCU